AUGGCUGCCCCCAACAACCACCACCCGAACCCCAACACCCACCCUCCUCCUCCCUUCGACAUGCACUCCUUCUUCAACCCUCCACCCCCUUCCUCCAACCCUAACCCUAACCCUUCAUCCUCCUAUCCUCCGCCCUUCUCCCCCGCCGCGCCCUUCCAUUUCCCCGCCUUCGACCUCCCUCUCCACCACCACCGCUCCCUCUCCUUCCCCACCCAGCCCAUCCCCCCGCCCUCCAACCCCAACGCCGGCGCCCGCCUCAUGGCCCUCCUCAGCAACCCCUCUCCGCCGCCCCCGACUUCCCGCCCCCCGCAUCCACCCCCUCCGCCCGGCAAGGUCCCCAAGGGAAGACACCUCGCCGGGGAGCGCGUCGCCUACGACGUCGAGGUCCGCCAGCCCGGCGAGGUCCAGCCCCAGCUCGAGGUCGCUCCGAUAACGAAAUACGUGUCGGACCCUAACCCGGUUCUGGGGAGGCAGAUUGCGGUGAAUAAGUCGUAUAUAUGCUAUGGGCUGAAACAGGGGAACAUCAGGGUGCUUAAUAUUCACACUGCUGUCAGGUCUCUCCUCAGAGGCCAUACUCAGAGGGUCACAGACCUGGCGUUUUUUGCUGAAGAUGUUCAUCUCUUGGCUAGUGUUGGCACAGAUGGCCGCGUCUACGUGUGGAAGAUCUCUGAAGGUCCAGAUGAUGAAGAUAAGCCUCAAAUUACAGCCAAUAUUGUUAUUGCUAUUCAAAUAGUAGGGGAGGAGAAAGUUGAACAUCCUCAAAUUUGCUGGCACUGUCACAAACAAGAGAUUUUGAUUGUUGGUAUGGGAAAACAUGUUUUGAGAAUUGACACCACAAAAGUUGGAAAUGGUGAAGCGUUUGUGGCAGAGGAUCCUCCUCUGAGAUGUCCUGUUGACAAACUCAUUGAUGGGAUUCAGCUGGUAGGAACACAUGAUGGGGAGGUGACUGAUUUAUCAAUGUGCCAAUGGAUGACCAAUCGAUUGGUAUCUGCAUCACAGGAUGGCACGAUUAAGAUCUGGGAAGAUAGAAAGACACAGCCACUAGCAGUUUUGAGACCACACGAUGGUCAUCCAGUUUUUUCUGCUACAUUUUUUACUGCUCCUCACCAGCCUGAUCAUAUUGUCCUUAUCACAGCAGGACCACAAAAUCGGGAGGUGAAGCUAUGGGUCUCGGCGAGUGAAGAAGGUUGGCUGCUCCCAAGUGACACUGAAUCAUGGAAAUGCACUCAGACAUUGGAGUUGAAGAGUUCGGCUCAACCAUCUAAGGAUGCGUUCUUUAAUCAAGUUGCAGCACUGUCUCAUGCAGGUCUGCUUUUACUUGCAAAUGCCCAGAGGAAUGCUAUCUAUGCUGUGCAUUUAGAGUAUGGUCCUAAUCCAGAAUCAACUCGCAUGGAUUAUAUAGCUGAGUUUACUGUGACCAUGCCCAUUCUGAGUUUUACUGGGACAAGUGAUAUAUUACCUCAUGGUGAACAUAUUGUUCAGGUUUAUUGUGUUCAGACACAAGCUAUUCAGCAGUAUGCUUUGGAUUUAGCCCAGUGUUUGCCUCCACCGUUGGAUAAUGUGGGACUAGAGAAAUCAGAUUCCAGUGUUUCCCGUGAUGCAAUUACUGUUGAAGGAUUCCACACUUUUGACUCUUCUGUUCCCAAAACAAUGUUACAAGCAAGUAGUACUGAAAAUGGACUUGUGGCUAGAUACCCUUUAAGCUCUGGUCAUGUUGAGGCACCUAUUACAUGUUCAAAUACUGAAGCUGUAUUAGCUCCUUCUAGUAGUGAUCCUGAUAUCGUUUGUGCUCCAUCUCCACCUCUUCCUUUGAGCCCAAGGCUAUCCAGGAAAGUCUCUGAUAUCAGGAGUCCACAGUCAAACUUGAGUGAUCAUGUUGGGGACCAUCCUGUUAAUAAUUAUUCCAUAGACAGACAAAUGGAUACCAUUCAUAGAAACUUGUCUGACCCAUUGAAUAGUGAUUCAAAGAAUGAUGAGAAUAAAGUGAAGCAGGAUCACAUUUCUAGUGUACUUAAUCCUUCUGUCAUGUUUAAGCAACCAACCCAUCUAAUUACACCAUCUGAGAUCACAAAAACUGGUUCCUCCUCUGAGAAUAAUAUAACUGAUAGGAAGAGUGAGGGAGAAGCAAAGAUCCAGGAUGUGGUUGACGUGGGUAAUGCUGAAGUGGAAGUGAAGGUGGUGGGUGAGACAAGAUCUAAUCAAAUUGAUGAGUUUGGUCGGCAAGGGUCACAACAAAAUCCAGUUUUUGAUAGUAAAGAAAAAGUAUUUUGCUCCCAGGCUUCAGAUCUUGGUAUUGAGAUGGUUCGAGAAGGCUGUGUGAUAGCUGGGGAGACAUUACUUACAGAGGAACCUGGCCAAAUUGAUUCAACUGGAGGGGACUCACUAGGUCAACCUCCUGAUAUUGGUGAGGAUGGACUCCAAGACAUGGCAAAAAAUGCCCAUGAAAAGGUUUCUGACUCAUCUACAUCUGUGACCUUGCCACCAUUUCCUAUGCCUAAUGCAAAAGGGAAAAGACAGAAGGGUAAAAAUUCUCAAGCAUCAGGCCCGUCUUUCUCAUCUCCAAGUGUAUGCAAUUCAACUGAUUCAUCCAAUGAUCCAAGUGGAAAUUCUAGCCUCCCAUCUGCUGAAAAUGCUUUCCCCCAAAUUCUGGCAAUGCAAGAAUCACUCAAUCAGUUAUUGACAAUGCAAAAAGAGAUGCAAAAGCAAAUGACAAUGAUGGUUGCUGUUCCAGUGACAAAAGAAGGUAGAAGGCUUGAGGCUGCCCUAGGGAGACACAUGGAAAAAGCUGUAAAGGCCAACAGUGAUGCUUUAUGGGCUCGAAUCCAGGAGGAGAAUGCAAGAAAUGAAAAGUUUUUACGAGACCGUACCCAGCAUAUUACGGGUUUGAUCAGUAACUUUAUGAAUAAAGAUCUACCCGCAAUACUGGAGAAAACAGUAAAAAAGGAAAUGGCUUCGGUUGGGCAAGCAGUAGCACGUGCAAUGACUCCUGCUGUGGAGAAAAUAAUAUCUUCUGCUAUCGUGGAAUCCUUUCAGAGAGGAGUGGGUGAUAAGGCAGUCAACCAACUUGAUAAAUCAGUUAGUUCAAAAGUUGAAGCUACUGUAGCUAGGCAAAUCCAAGCACAAUUUCAGACAACUGGCAAACAGGUGCUUCAGGAGGCACUCAAAUCCAGUUUUGAGACAUCAGCGGUUCCUGCAUUUGAAAUGUCGUGUAAAGCCAUGUUUGAGCAAGUGGAUGCUACAUUUCAGAAAGGCAUGGCUGAACAUUCAACUGCUGUGCAGCAACGUCUUGAAUCUGCACCCACUUCUUUGGCAAUGACACUAAGGGAUUCUAUUAAUUCAGCGUCAUCAAUUACUCAAACUUUGAAUAGAGAAGUUCUUGAGGGCCAGAGAAAGCUAGUAGCACUCGCAGCUACAAGAACAAACUCGGGCACGUUAAAUCCUUUGCCCGUCCAGUUGAACAACGGUCCUUUACUUCAUGAAAAGGUUGAGGUUCCCCUGGAUCCCACACAGGAGCUCGCAAGGUUGAUUUCUGAACGGAAAUAUGAGGAGGCUUUCAUUGGAGCUUUACAUAGAAGUGAUGUAUCCAUUGUAUCUUGGUUAUGUUCUCAGGUUGAUCUACAUCGACUCUUAUCGAUGGUUCCUCUUCCUCUAAGCCAAGGUGUACUGCUUUCACUUCUGCAGCAACUGGCCUGUGACAUAAACAACGAUACACCGCGAAAGAUUGCAUGGUUGACAGAUGUAGCGUCUGCCAUAAACCCAUCGGACCCGGUGAUUGCGAUGCACACACGACCCAUCUUCGAGCAAGUGUACCAGAUACUGAAUCAUCAACGUAGCUUGCCUACGAUGACUGGAACUGAUCUCUCAAGUAUCCGUCUUUUAUUGCAUGUCGUCAACUCCAUGCUUAUGACAUGUAAAUGA